AUGAACAAAUUAUCAUUGCCUAUGGAUAUCAAAGAAAAUGAGUUCUUUAAUGAAGAUGCCAUAUCAAAAUCAACUAUCUAAGCACUUAACAAUUCCUUUGAUAAGGAAUAAUUAGAUGAAUAGAUUGAAAGACCAUUUACACCUUUAGAUGCUUAAGUUGAGUUUAUACCAAAAGAAUAAUGUAAAUUUUGUAAGCGCCAAUUCUUUCAAGGCAAAUUGGCUCUACAUUUACGUAGUUGUUCUGCUGAUCAUCCUUUUCUCAAAAAAUCUAAUAAACAAAAAACAUAAUUACCUUUUACAUAACCAGCUAUUCAACCUUGUCCUUAUUGUCAUAAGAAAUUGAGAAAUCCUCAAAUUCAUAUUCUAAAAUGUCCUGCUAGACCAAAAGCGUUAGACAAAUAUAAAGUCAUUGCAUCUAUUAAUGAAGUUGAAGAAGCAGAUGAAACUUUACUUUAAGAACUCUCGUCAAGUUAACCUACAUUCUUACCUAAAAUUAAAUAACGCCCUGAAAACUUACUCUCUCGUUCUGUACCAAUUGUUAAAUGUCCAUCUUGUCAGAAAACAUUUGAAUAAAAAGCAGCUGAAAAGCAUAUUCAACUAUGUUUUCGUAUGAGCAGUGGUAAUAAAUUUCAGAGAAGUAUAUUCUGUACUAAUUGUGGAAACAAAUUCGCUAAUAAUCAUAAGUACUGUGGUUCUUGUGGAAAAAAAAGACUAUGA